CUGCCUGCUACCCUAGAAGACAACAUCUUGCACCAGCUACCAUUCUUGCCACACCGGCUAGCCGCAGUUGGAGAGACAGGAAGGGAGGGAGAAAAAGAGAAAAGGGAGAACUGUAUGCCAACCACCAAAUAGCAUUCGUCGCAUCAUUUCUCUUCUACCUCGCGUGUCACGAUGGCCCCUAUUCCAGUCUACACCAACAGCCCUAUUGCUGCUUCGAAACCAUCUGGGGCGACACCGCAGACUGCCGAGUCGCCGUCCUCUCCAGGGCCUCCUACCAUAAGCGCGUCCCCGACCUCGCCCAGCCAGGGUGCUUACCCGUCCGCACGUCCUGGCGCUGCCCCGUCCCUACCAGCUCCGACCGUUACCGCUCAGGCCGCUACUCCUCAGGCCCAUGCCCCUCUCGAGCCGACCGGGACGCUCGAUCACGACCACCCUCCGCCACCUCAACCGGGAGCCGUGCCGGUCCCCCCUGGAGCAGCCAGAGCGACCAUCCCGCCACCACCGAAGGUGGGGGAACAAUACCAUCCGUCCCAACAAAUGCCGGUAUCCCAGCCUGCGAGCGUGCCAUAUCCCCAGCAGAUGGCCAUGCCUGCGCCAACCACGCCCUACCCCUCGCAGCGACGCGGUACGUCCACACUUCCCGACCCUACUUCAGGCCACAGCACCCGAGGUUCCCUGGCCUAUAAUAGCCCGCCGACCCAUAGUUUAGAGCACCCCCCGGGAUAUCACCAAAAUACCAACGUGUCCGAGCUUGAUAGAUAUCAGAGAUCAGCCAUUCGACAAAAUGAGCUGGAGCCCCAGGCAGACGACUCCGGCGGCGUGUGGGAAGCAGCAAAGAAAUGGGCCCAGCAGACCGGAGAAAGGCUUGCCGGCGCCGAGGCUGAAGUGUGGAAGAAGAUCAAUAAAGACUAAUGGCACUUCGGGAGGUACCUUUGAAAAAUUCGUAGUUGCCUACGAACCCUCCACGAUCCGAACUGAUCGCUCAGCGCCGUUCCAGCGGCCUUUCGAGAAACCACCUCUCGUAGAUCCACAAAACAUCCUCUCCGGCAAUGUUUAUGAGUUAGGUAUUCCUCGCACGAGAUGCGUCGUAUUUUGGUGAAGCUUGGUGGGGGUGGGGGUGGGGAG